AUGAAGAAGAGGAAAUGUGAAAUUGAUGUUGUUACUUACACUACAAUGGUUCACGGAUUUGGUGUUGCGGGUGAGGUUAAGAGAUCGAAGAGGGUUUUUGACGCGAUGGUGAAAGAGGGUUUGAUUCCUUCUGUUGCUACUUAUAAUGCUUUGAUUCAGGUUUUGUGUAAGAAGGAUAGUGUGCAUAAUGCUUUGUUGGUUUUUGAAGAGAUGGUGGGAAAAGGGUGUGUGCCUAAUUUGACUACUUACAAUGUUGUUAUCAGAGGUUUGUGUCAUUCGGGUGAAAUGGAGAAAGCUUUGGAGUUUAUGAAGAGAAUGGAAGAAGAACAUGGGUGUAGGCCAAGUGUUCAGACAUACAAUGUUGUGAUUAGAUAUUAUUGUGAUGAGGGGGAACUUGAAAAGGGUUUGGAGUUGUUUGAAAAGAUGGGGAAUGGGACUUGUUUGCCCAGUUUGGACACCUAUAAUAUUCUGAUUAGUGCCAUGUUUGUGAGGAAAAAAUCGGAGGAUUUGGUGGUGGCUGGGAAGUUGUUGAUGGAGAUGGUUGGUAGAGGUUUCUUGCCCCGUAAGUUUACUUUUAAUCGGGUGUUAAAUGGACUUGUUCUAAUGGGGAAUCGAGAAUUUGCUAGUGAGAUAUUAAGAAUGCAAAGUAGGUGUGGUCGUGUUCUCCGGCAUAUGAAGUUAUGA